GACUUUAAGGUAUAAUCUAUCCCAGAUCCUUUCUCAGAGAGAAACUUGGCUAUCACGUUUUCACAUGAUGCUCACGUUUAGCGUUCUUCAAUUAUUCCUCCCCACAAAGAUAGGUGGCGCGUGCGGCAGGGCCUCUCCCCUCUCUCCUACAGAAAAGAAAAAGAAAAAAAUGUCAUUAGAAGAGGCGUAACACGUCAGUCCGUCCCCAGGUUUGUGUUUCCUGGAGUGGCAGAGAGAGAGGCCAGUUCUAACCUGCCCAGCAGGGAAUAACGGUUCUUCCGACAACUAUUUGCAAGGGCUCAAGACCCCCUCUUCGCCCCCCUCAGGAACUGUGGGCGAGAUCUGCCUCCCUCGGCUCCAAGGCUUCUCCAUGCUUGAUUUUCCACUCCCCAUUUCUGGCCAAAACUCCUAACAACACUUCGCAGAGCCUGCGUGCUGCUACAGGAGGGAGGCGAGCCUAUGCAAGCUGCCAUCUGAUCCACUCUUAUCAAUGAAGCAGCAGAUCAUGGCGGAUGGCCCCAGGUGUAAGAGGCGAAAACAAGCCAAUCCAAGGAGGAAAAACGUAGUGAACUAUGACAACGUAGUGGACACGGGCUCGGAAACGGACGAGGAGGACAAGCUGAACGUUGCCGAGGAAGACGGGCCGGCCAACCCGCUGGAGCCGGCGGCGGUCAGCCCGGCCAGCGGACCCAACCACGAACCUCUGCCGCUCGGGAGCCAGGCCCUGCUGGCGAGGGAGGAAGAGGAAGACGAGAUAAGGGAGGGUGGCGUGGAGCAUUCCUGGCACAGCACUGAGAUCCAGCCAGCCUCUGGAGAUGGGACGGAAGAAAUGAAGGAAGACUUUGACAUCCUGCGGCCUGAAGCCACGAUCCAGACCCCUGGAAACAACGGUACAGUUAAGAACGCGAAUUGCACGUCGGACUUCGAGGAGUAUUUUGCCAAAAGGAAACUGGAAGAAGGAGAUGGACACACGGUCAGCAUCGCGGAGUACCUGCAGCGGAGCGACACGGCCAUCAUUUACCCAGAAGCCCCCGAGGAGCUCUCCCGCCUCGGGACCCCCGAGGUCAAUGGGCAAGAAGAGAACGACCUGCCACCUGGAACUCCAGAUGCCUUCGCCCAGCUGCUGACCUGCCCCUACUGCGACCGGGGCUACAAACGCUUAACGUCGCUGAAGGAGCACAUCAAGUACCGUCACGAGAAGAACGAGGAAAACUUUUCCUGCCCUCUCUGUAGCUACACGUUCGCCUAUCGCACUCAGCUCGAGAGACAUAUGGUGACUCACAAACCGGGCACAGACCAGCACCAGAUGCUGAAUCAAGGAGCCGGGAAUCGCAAGUUUAAGUGCACGGAGUGUGGCAAAGCGUUCAAAUACAAACACCACCUAAAGGAACACUUGCGGAUCCACAGUGGCGAGAAACCCUACGAGUGCCCCAACUGCAAGAAGCGCUUCUCCCACUCGGGCUCCUACAGCUCGCACAUCAGCAGCAAGAAAUGCAUCGGUCUGAUCUCCGUGAACGGCCGGAUGAGAAACAACAUCAAGACGGGUUCCUCCCCCAACUCCGUUUCUUCCUCGCCCACGAAUUCGGCCAUCACGCAGCUGAGGAGCAAGCUGGAGAACGGCAAGCCCCUCAGCGUGUCCGAGCAGACGGGCCUCCUGAAAAUCAAGACGGAGCCGCUGGAUUUCAACGACUACAAGGUCUUCAUGGCCGCCCAGGGGUUCAGCGGGGCCAGCCCCUUCAUGAACGGGGGGCUGGGGGCCACCAGCCCGCUGAGCGUCCACCCGUCCGCUCAGAGCCCCCUGCAGCACUUGGGGGUGGGGAUGGAAGCCCCGCUCCUGGGCUUCCCGGCCGUGGGCAGCAACCUGAGCGAGGUGCAGAAGGUCCUCCAGAUCGUGGACAACACGGUGUCCCGGCAGAAGAUGGACUGCAAGGCGGAGGAGAUCUCCAAGCUCAAGGGCUACCACCUGAAGGAGCCGUGCCCGCCGGGCGAGGAGCCGGGGGUCACCUCCCCCGGGAUCCCGCCCGUGGGCCUGCCGGUGGUCAGCCACAACGGGGCCACCAAGAGCAUCAUCGACUACACGCUCGAGAAGGUCAACGAAGCCAAGGCCUGCCUCCAGAGCCUGACGACGGACUCGAGGCGGCAGCUCGGCAGCCUGAAGAAGGAGAAGCUGCGCACCCUCAUGGACCUGGUCACGGAGGACAAGAUGAUCGAGAGCCACAGCAUCGCCACGCCGUUCUCCUGCCAGUUCUGCAAGGAGAGCUUCCCCGGCCCCAUCCCCCUGCACCAGCACGAGCGCUACCUGUGUAAGAUGAACGAAGAGAUCAAGGCCGUCCUCCAGCCCCACGAGAACCUGGUCCCCAGCAAAGCCGGCGUCUUCGUGGACAACAAGACCCUCCUCCUCUCGUCGGUCCUUUCCGAGAAAGGGCUGACCGGCCCCCUGAACCCCUACAAGGACCACAUGUCUGUACUGAAAGCCUACUACGCGAUGAACAUGGAGCCC